ACUCGCGCGAGUUGGGGCGCGGCAGUCGAUGCGGCUUCGUGGCAAGCAAGUGGUGGCCGAGAGACCGACGACGUCGUGUACUUUGUCAUUGUCGCCCUCUAACUACGUCGUCGCCGUGUAAUAAUCGGCGUAGAGUCACUUAAAGUUACCGGAUAACCAUGAAACUUGCGAGCGGUGUCUGCCUCCUUUUGGCGGCCCUCGUCGCCGGGGUCAAUGCCGGCGGGCCGACCCUCGUGCUCCUCGACAACCUGGCCAUCAAGGAAACACACUCGAUAUUCUUCAAGAUACUGCAAGAUAGUGGAUACACUCUGUCAUUCAAGCUUGCAGAUGAUGCAAAUCUGCUGCUCUCCAAAUAUGGAGAGUACCUGUACAAGCACUUGAUCAUCUUUGCACCAACUGUAGAGGAGUUUGGAGGUUCUAUGAGUGUGGAGGCCAUCACCGACUUUAUUGAUGGAGGAGGCAAUGUUCUGGUGGCUGGUUCUUCUCAGUCUGGUGAUGCUCUUAGGGACUUGGCAUCUGAGUGUGGAUUUGAGAUUGACGAAGAGGGUGCCACGGUCAUUGAUCAUAUGAACUAUGACAUUUCUGAUACCGGGCGCCAUACCAAGAUUGUUGCUGAUCCUUCAAACUUGAUUGAUGCUUCUGUAAUUGUUGGAAGCAGAAAUGUACCACCUCUACUCUAUCAAGGAACUGGAUUGAUCGCUGAUUCAGACAAUCCAUUGGUACUCAAGCUGCUGACUGCUUCAAGCUCUGCUUACACUUACAAUACUGAACAGCCUGUCAAGGAGUACCCACAUGCUGUUGGAAAGAACACUUUGCUCAUUGCUGCUUUGCAGGCAAGGAACAAUGCUAGGGUACUGUUUUCUGGAUCAUUAUACUUCUUCAGUGAUGAAGCUUUCACUAGUCCUGUGCGGAAAGCUCAAGAUGGAAAGAAACACGAAGUUUCAGGAAAUAAAGCUGUUGCUGAAGCAAUGGCUCGCUGGGUCUUCAAAGAGAAUGGUGUCAUCCGAGUUUCUUUUGUCCAUCACCACAAGGAGGGAGAAGCACAGCCUCCUGCAGCUUACACAAUCAUGGAGAAUGUUGUUUACUCCAUUAAUGUUGAAAAGCUCUCUGGUGACAAAUGGGUUCCGUUCGUUGCUGACGAUUUGCAGUUGGAAUUCGUCAGAAUCGAUCCUUUUGUCAGAACUACCAUGAAACAUGUAUCGAACGGCCGCUACGAGGCAAGAUUCAAGAUUCCCGACGUGUACGGAGUCUACCAAUUCAAGGUUGAUUAUACUCGCAUCGGCCUCACGCACCUUUACAGCACGACUCAGGUGUCGGUCCGACCCUUGGAGCAUACUCAGUACGAACGCUUUAUUCCAAGUGCUUAUCCUUACUACGUCAGUGCCUUCUCGAUGAUGGGUGGUGUUUUCCUAUUCUCCAUUGUCUUCUUGCACUUCAAGGAUGACACGAAAGCAAAGGCUGAAUGAAAACUCAAGAAGCACUGAGAGUAAUGAGAUAUAGAACUUUUUUUUAAAUGCAGUCUUACUGUGAUUAGUAAGCUGGUGUGAGAGUAGACUUUUUGUACAAGUGCAUUUAAAAUGUGUGAAUUGCCGGUCAUACUAAGCGUCUGAAAAUAUCAUUUUUUCACAAUUAGUGAGCUUUAUUUUUUUGUACAUACACAAAAUAAAAAUAAAACUUGAAAUUCUA